AUGUCGGACGAAUUCGAAUUACAAGACUACACUUUCUCUCCGUCACCCACAGACCCAUCCACCUGGACACGCAAAUGCCACGGUUUCGAGUCCUUCGUAUCUGUGCUGUCCGAAAACCUCGGUGGAUGCCCCUUCCUGACCACCACGAUAAGCAUCAAACCAGCUUAUGACCGGGCGAUACUUGAGCCUGUUGUCAAGGCCGCAUGGAUCGCUCUCCGUUACACUCUACCAGCUAUCGCUGUUAAAUCAUCUAGACUCCCUGCUCCCGAUAGUCACUUCAUUUUGACAUAUCGUACGCCCAAGGAUACUGGAGAGCUUCAAACUUGGGCCAACGAGACCGUCUUUUUCACCGAUGAAGUGAACGACGUGUACGACGCGCACAAGAAGCUGAAGAAUGAGAGGUGGUGGAAGCCAUCGGGCAAUCAUUGGAUUGGAGAGUUGCACGUUUCUCCUAUAAAACAUGGGUGGCAAUUUAGUAUCGUCUUCAAUCAUGGCAGUCACGAUAGUAGAAGUGCUUUCGGUAUUCUAAACGAACUUCUGGGGAAGCUCGUUCCGAUCCUCGAAGGCUCCGCUGUCCCGGAACUUUCCUGGGGUGAGGAAACGAAACGACUACCUCCAACUUCCAAUGUUAUCAACGCAAAAGCGAACGCUCUACCUAAGGAAGAUCAACCACCUCUCCCUUUAUCCCAGUCGACACUAUGGACCUGGACACCCGUCAAAAUAUCAUCACCGAUAAACCACGAUGUAUCCGCUCUCAUCACCCUCCCCGUCGAGACCACGUCCAAACUCCAUAUGGUCAGCAAACUUCACGGGCGGACCAUUUCUCGAGUUGUCACUGCGCUCUCUAUCCUAGCACACACAGAAGUGUGUCUGAAAGCUGCUGCUGAAGCUGGUCCUGAACGAUUUAAGGUCGUCUCGACGAGCUAUAAGGAAUCGGAGGUGUAUCAGGUUGCGUUAACUUUUGCGAAUUAUAGACAUAAAUUCCCUGAACCGUACAAUAGGUUAUCUAGCGAAACACCUGGUCCGUUAGCGACAUUUGACGGAAUGCCGUUGUUCCUUUCUAUGGAUCCGAUCCGCAAGUUUUUCACGAUCGAUGACACUAGGUCAACUGUUGUUGUGAACUCGAAGGACCUAUUGGACGCGUUUUGGAACGAGCUUGUGGAUGCUACUGUUAAGAGUUGGAAGGAUCACGACCACACACUCGAAGGAUACGCAACCCGAGAAGCAGACUGUCAAGUGGUAAUCCACGAAUAUGACCCCAACAUCCUCAACUUUCCCGCACUUGUUACUUCUUCUGUCGGAGACUUGCAAAGACUGGGUAUCUUUGAUGAGUACCUCCCAUCGUUGGAGAAUAAGACGCAACCCCUGACAGUGGUUGAUACGAUUAUCGGGCAGAGGAUGAGGGCGCCGAUGCUUAUGAAUAUGUUUUGGCAGUAUGAUGGAAAGUUGAACUGUCACUGGUUUACGGGAGGGGAGUGGAUGACGGAAGAGCAGUUGGGGAUGGCUGUGGAUUCGUUUAAGAGGUGGAUUGAAAUUUUUGUUGAAUCAGAAGAGUAA